UGAUCCUCCCAACUGCAGGAAGAGGCAGCUAAAGAGCCAACUGCGACCAGAACGUGGAUGGAGGAUAAAAAAAAACUGCUAUGAUGACUGAAUGUAGAAAGUAUGAAUGAGGGUUUCGGCGUGUGGUUCAGAUGCUGUGGAGCUCCGGAGGAUGAGAACUUGAGCAGCGGCAACUUUUAUCUGACUUCCGAGUGUCCUGCCUCCUGACUCAAGUCACACUAUUGUGCACCACGGGAACAAAAACUAUGUUUUUUUUUUAAUAUAGGUUAUGUUUUGUGUAGCUCGAAUUGAAGCUGAGGGGAGAUUGCUUUUGCUUGAAGAAGAAGAAGAAGGGCUCUGUGGUUGAAAAUGGAGAAUAAAUGAAAUCUGGGAUUAAUUGAAAGCACAACGAUAAGAAUGAAGGAGCGGGAUCUGCAGAGAAUGUGUAGAAAGGCGCUGCUGCUGACCGUCUGCAUGGUGUCUCUUUGGGGGCAAUUCAGCAGUGCAUCAUCACACCGGAGCCACAUAGUUCAUGUGAAAGCGGGAACCUGCGAAGUCAUCGCCGCGCACCGAUGCUGCAACAAGAACAAGAUAGAGGAGCGAUCGCAGACUGUCAAAUGCUCCUGUUUCCCGGGUCAAGUGGCGGGGACGACGAGAGCGGCUCCGUCUUGUGUGGAUGCGUCCAUUGUUGCACAGAAGUGGUGGUGCCAGAUGCAUCCUUGUAUGGACGGCGAAGAGUGCAAAGUGCUGCCAGACCUCAAAGGAUGGAGCUGCAGUACAGGCAACAAAGUUAAGACCACCAAGGUCACACGAUAGUUUCCAGCAUAGCCUCGUUUGGGAGAAGCAGUCGUUUAUUUCACCGUAGGACACUUGGAUAUAAUUUUUCUUUCAUCUUUUUUUUUUUUUGAGGAUUGUUCCAAACCAGAGACCAAUAAGGACUUUGGUCAUGGACAUUCUAAGAAAAGGACAGUGUAAGGAGGCAUCAUGUCCCAAAAGAUUCCUGACUUUAGCUCCAGCAUCAACAGUAGCCGUCUUCGACUGUCUGCCAAAUGUCUCUUUGUAUUAUAGUUUGACUCCUAUGGACCAGAGGACUCGGCCAUGAAGAUAUUUAUUAGCUCAAAGACUGUGGAUCAUAACAAAAAAAAAGAGAAAAAUGUGAUGUGAAACCUUAGUCUUUUUUCUCCCAAGACUCUCAAUACAUAUUUGUGUUGACACUCAAGUGAGACAAGCAUUUUCAUUCCUUUUAGCCUUAUGAAGAAGAUAUAUUAUGUUUCAUUCUUAUUUGAAACUAUACAGUUGUUAGGAUGUCAAGUUGGCUUUGCAAAGGCUCCAUGUGUAGAAAGGUGGGUGGUGGCGGUUCAUCAUGGAGGGCUCCUACCAAAAGGUUGAAAUAGUAUUUGUUGUUUUCAAAGCCUGACGACCACUAUUGAUUGCAAAUGUCAGUAUUAUCUCAAUAAAUCUAACCUAA